ACACAUACAGGAUCUUGACACUGAGGGAAACAAAUGUGAAUUACAUCAGCAGCAGCAAGCAGUUUAGCUCCAUCUGUAGGAUACAUCUGUGCAAAAGCAUCCAGUCUGACAAGUCAGAGCAAAAGCAGCUUUUUUGUACUCCCGCAUACUAGCAUUAGACUCUGGCUCUUAGAGACUCUUGAAGAUAGAUAUCAUAUAAAAUGUAUGGAAUGCACCAUGUUCCUGAAAGUGCUCGCAGCUGGGGACAGCCAGUUUCACCUGGGCGCUGGCAUAGCUUCCAAUAACCAGAGUUACUGCGGAAUAUAGGCUUCAUUUGUAUCAUUAGAUCUGCUUGGCGAAACUUAAACGGCAGAAGACGGAAAUGGUGACUGCGACAAGGUGUCAGCUCUGGAAAAAUCAUUUGCAUUGUUUGGUGACCACGUAUCCUAACCGGACCAGCUAAUCUGGAGCUGAAAAUGUUUAGCUGCUGUCUACUGCUUGUUCUAGGUCUUCAACGCUGUUUGCAUUUUUAAACUGCAUGCACCCCAGAGGCUGCAGCAACAGCAUUUCUAAUAGUAUCAUUUUAUCAUCUGUGAUGUAGGAAGAAGCCGUAAAAUGGGAAUGCUUUGCUUGCCCUAAAGACAAAAGAUCACCUAAAUGGAGAAAUCGUGUUUUGGUUAGUGCUAGGAAACUGCUAGCAGGUCGCGUUAAGUAAAAUACUAGCAAACCACAGCAGCUUGCAUUAACUAACAUACUAGCAAAACAAAUGAAUAUGUUAAUGGAGUUCUGAGUCUAAGCAGACAAAAAAAAACAUAUUAAGCAUUGAUUCAUGUGUUCUGAAAUGGCUGAUGAGCAGGAUCAUUUUAACUGGCAAAUUAAGACUUAGCUGUUUCUUUAAAGUCUGCGAAAAUCGUGCAACCUUUGCAUUGUUCCGUGAACCAGAAGUAUGGCAUUUUUCAUUUAUCUAAACCCAGUGGUGCUUGUCCUGUUUGGCUGUGAAAUCUAUGACGUGAAAGCAAAUAGACCACCAGCUCCUGUCAAUGUUACUGUUACUCAGCUGAAGGCCAAUUCUGCAACUGUGACAUGGGAUGUACCUGAAGGAGAUACAGUUAUCGGCUAUGCCAUCUCUCAGCAGAAGCAAGAUGCUCAUGUACAGAGAUUCAUUCGGGAAGUAAACACAACCAACAGAGCCUGUGUACUGUGGGAUUUGCAACAAGACACAGAUUAUAUCAUCCAGGUUCAGACCAUUGGAGUGCAUGGAGAAAGCCAAUCCAGCAAGCGAGUCCAUUUUCGCACACUUAAAGAUACUGACCGCUUCCCUUCCAACAGUUCAAACCAAGGUUUUCUGAAUGUGGAGUAUGGAGGCGACCCAACAGUGCAAGGGUUGGACAAAUAUCGGCAGUUGCAGACAGGGGAAAUCGUUAUUAUUGUCGUUGUUCUCCUUAUGUGGGCAGUGGUGAUAGCACUUUUCUGUCGACAGUAUGACAUAAUCAAGGACAAUGAUUCCAACAACAACAAGGAGAAAGCAAAACCAUCGUCUGAGCACAGCACACCUGAGCACCCAUCUAGUGGACUGCUACGCAGCAAGAAAAAUGCUCCUUCAAUCAACAUCAUUGAAGUGUGACAAAAAAAUGGCUUUUUGCGAACUUAGUGAAAAUCAGAAGAUAUCUCAAAGAAUGUGGAAUAUAUAGUGAACAGACUAUCUUAUAUAUAAAUAUUGGCAAAAGGAUAUUGUGUAAUGCAACAAGGUGCCUUCACAACUGACCACAAGAGUGUAAAACUAUGAACUAUACUUAACUGUAAAAUGAUGUGUGCUAUGUCUUACUGCCAAACAUAUGCUGUGGAGAAUGUAGGAGAGGUUUUUUACUACUUUAUGGUCUACAGUAUGUAUCAUUGUAGAGGUAACUAGUCAUUGCAAGAUAUGUCGCUCUGCAAAGUCUGAAACCAUUUACAAAUGUAGCUAUAUUUGUGGGUUUACAGAUCUUAGCUAAUGUGUUACAUUUGGUAGUCGACAGAAAACUGGCAUGCCAUAGGCUAUUCUAGAACUGCUUCAGAUGUUGGUGCAUUUUUUAGUACUAUGUAUAAUCCUUGCAGAAUGACAUACAUAUUCUACUAAAACUUUAGUGAUAUUGAGAAAAUCUGUAUAAUAUGCAUUUAUUUUCAGUCAUAAAAAUCUAUGCCUAUACUUUUAAUAAGUUGCAUGAACUAUUAAAAUGUUGCAAGUGAACUGUCUUUUUUAAUCAAGAAAUUAACAGGUAAUGAACUCAUAAAAUAUAUAUACAUUAAAGCAGAUGGGUGCUGGAAUUAUUUGAUUUUGGAAUAAUGAGUUUCUGAGAAGCAAAAAUUCUUUUGACAACACCUUGAAAUGCUCUUGACUUUGUUAAUAAAUCAACCUUGAAACUUAA